AUGAUUAUUAAGGUUUCGAAUAAAUUUUUUAUCAACAAAAAUUAUUAUAGUAUCUGGAUAGGAUAUAAUAAAAAUAUACAACAAAAUGCAUAUUUUAAAAAUAGUUUAGAUUUCAUUUUUAAGCCUAAGAGUAUAGGGGUAAUAGGUGCAACUGAAAGAAAAGGAUCUGUUGGUAACUCUCUUGUUAAUAAUUUAUUGAAAGGAGAAAAUAAAUAUAAAUUGUAUUUUAUAAAUGCUAAAGGAAGUAAAAUAUAUAAUAGAGAUAGUUACAAAAGCUUAAAAGCUAUAAAAGAAAAUAAUAUUGACUUAGUAGUAAUAGCAGUACCAAGGAAUCAUGUGAUCAAUGUUAUGAAAGAAUUAAAAAGUAAAAAUGUUAAAGGCGCAGUUAUAAUAACAGCAGGGUUUAAGGAAACAGGAGAAGAAGGAUUGAAAUUAGAAAAGGAGAUAAUUGAUAUAGGAAAAUCUAAUAACAUAAGAAUAAUAGGGCCUAAUUGUUUAGGUGUUAUUCAUUCCUAUCAUAAUAUGAAUGCCUCUUUUGCAAGUAACGAUAUUCUAAAAGGAAACUUUUCUCUUCUCUCACAAAGUGGAGCUAUAUGUACAGCUGCUUUAGAUUUAUCCCUACAACACAAUAUAGGUUUUUCUCAUUUCAUAUCUGUUGGGUCUAUGUGUGAUGUCCAAUUUUAUGAAUUAGUGGAAUAUUUAUUUUAUGAUAAAAAUACCAAAUAUAUAUUGUUAUAUGUUGAAUCUAUUGGAGAUAUGAAUAAGUUUGUAGCUGUAUGCAAAAAAGUCUGCUUAUAUAAACCAAUUAUUCUUUUAAAAAGUGGUAAAACGGCAAAAGCAGCAGAGGCAGCUAUUUCUCAUACUGGUUCUAUGGUUGGGAAUUAUGAUAUAUUUUAUGCAUGUAUGAAAAAAAUUGGUGUUUUGAUUGUUGAAGAUUUUGAAGAAUUAUUUAAUAUGUGCAAAAUUCUAAAUUUUUCAAAAUAUCCCGAAACAAAUGAAGUAUGUGUAGUAACUAAUGCAGGAGGGCCUGGUGUGUUAUUAGUAGACAAUAUUAUAAAAAAUGAUGGAAUGUUAACUAAUUUAAAUGAAAGUUUAAAAAAAAAUUUAAAUAACUUUUUACCAGAAGCAUGGAGUAAAUCUAAUCCCAUUGAUAUACUUGGUGAUGCAUCUCCAACUCUUUACAAAAAAACUAUUCAAACUUUAAUAAAAGAUGAUCAAUAUAAAAAUAUUAUAGUUUUAUUAUCACCACAAAGUGUAACAGAUCCUAUAAAUACUGCUAAAGAAAUCGUAAAUCUUAAAAAGGAAAUUAUUGAUCAGGGAAGAAUAAUAUUAUGUAAUUAUUUAGGUGGUAAAUCAUUAAAAAAAUCGACAAACUUGUUAAAUAGUAAUAAUAUUCCCACUUUUGUAUAUCCAGAAAAUUCAGCCCAAAACUUAUUAAAACUGUAUCAACAUAUAAAGCAUAUUCAAGGAAUAUAUGAAGAAAUUCCUAAUUUUUUAUCCGAUUCAGAGCAAAAUCAUUAUAUAAAUAAUUUAAUAUAUCAAUAUUACUUAAAGAAAUCAAAUUUUGUUGAUGAACAGCAAAAUAUUAAAGAAAAUGAGUACUUUUCGGAAAGAAAUAAGAAAAAAAGGUCAGUAGAUAUAAUAAAAAAAGCUAUAGAAAGCAAAAAUUAUAUUUUAAAUGAGUAUGAUUCAAAAAUGAUUUUGCAAAAUUACGAUAUACCUGUUGUUCAAACUAAAAUAUUCGAAACUGUAAAUGAUAUUGAGAAUUAUUCAAAUUUUUCAUUUCCAUGUGCAAUGAAAAUUUAUUCAGAUAAAAUAACUCAUAAAAAAGAUAUUGGAGGUGUGAUAUUAAAUAUUAAUAACAAAGAACAAUUAAUAGAAUCAUAUAAAACAAUAUACAAUAAUAUAAAAGGGUACAAUCUUGAAAAGGAGUUUAAAGGGGUUACUAUACAGAGCAUGGUUAAUACAAAUGAGGGGAUUGAAUUAAUUUUAGGUUAUUAUUUUGAUCAAAAUUUUGGUCCAGUUUUAUUAUUUGGAUCAGGUGGAUCUUACGUAGAAAUAUUCAAAGAUAGUGUAUUAUUAAUACCACCUCUUAAUUUUUCAUAUACUCAUCACAUUAUUAAAAAUACGAAAAUAUAUAAUGCUUUAUUAGGAAAAUCUUCCAGAUUUAAAAAAUGCGAUAUGCCAAAACUUAUUACAACUAUUAUUAAGUUUUCUGAAUUAAUUUUAGACUUAUUACCUUACAUAAAUGAAUGUGAUAUUAAUCCUUUAUUUGUAUCUGGUAAAAAUAUUAUUGCAUUAGACGCAAGAUUUACUUUAAGAAACAAUAUAAACUGUAAUUCUGAAAACAGUUAUUACGAUAAAUUUUCUAAAACAUAUCCUAUUGAUUUUAUCUUUUUUAAUGAUUUAAUUAAAUAUAAAAAUGGUAAAAUGUUAAAUAAUUCAUCAGUUAAACAAGAUCAGGCUGUGAAUUCUGAUAUUUCACAAAAUAAUAAUUUGGAAAAUAUUGAUUCUAUUACUAGAUGUAUCCAUCCAUAUGAUUUUAAAUUAAUUCAUAAAUUUCUCAAAAAAAAUUGCAAAGAAUUGCAUAAUAGUACCUUUUUUUUCACUGAUGAACAACAUAUAAAAACUGAACUGUUUGCAUAUGAAUUAUGUAAUUGCGACUAUGAUUCUUACAACGUUAUUUUGUACAAAUUAAAAAAUGAAAUAAAUGGACUAAUGAAAAUUGAAAAGAGAAAAGAUAAUCACUGUUAUAUAUAUGCUAAAGACGCUAAUGCUUUUUAUAUUUUAGUUGAAAAAUUAAAUAUUCUUUCAAAAAAACAAAAUUCUAAAACAAAUUUUAUAUAUUUAAAAAAGACUUCACCAUAUACAGAAGAAUUAAAGUCGCUUUGUUAUAAGCUAGAUCAUGCAUAUGAUGAUUUGUAUUGUUAUUCAUAUAAUUAUUAA